AAGCAUCGAUAGCGGAUUAUCCUAUAUGUGUAUCGAUGCUGCCUCGUCAACUUGCGGCUCACCAUUGAAGUUCUGCGUUUCCGUUUCCGGAAAAGCAUUCCAGCCGACGAAGUGAAAAGUUCGCGGAGCAAGUGUGAAAAUGAAGUACAUAAGCAAGCGCCAAAGAAAGCGGCAGAAGGGUGUCCAGUUCUCAAGCGGGCCUUCGACUGCGAGUAGCAGCGAUGAGAAUAGUUCCCAAGCGGAGCAGCCGAAGACAUUUUCGCGAAAAGGCAAAUCCAAACGGAGCCCGAAGAACUCAACCGUUUCUGGUGCAUACAAAACUCAAGAAGUUUCACCGGCCCCCGGUAAUCGCCGUUUCCAGAACCAACUGGGCCCGAAAAAGUCGAACUCGCAGAGCAGCAUCAACAGCCUGUCCAGCGGAUCGACCAUGACCAGGUACAGCAGCACCAGCGGCAGUAGCCACUCCUCCGGUGUGUUCAAGGAGGGCUUCCUCCGCGCCUCGAGGUACCACUUCCAGAAUGCCCAGUCCAUCACACUGGCCAGCUUCCUGGUCCCGGACGCAAUCAAGCAUUACGCGCAGAGGCAUGUGAGAUCGCGCACUCGCUGCUCCUCCUUGACCUACCGCGUAGUCAGUGCCCCAAUCUCGCCGCCCCUUGAUCUCGGCGAGGAUCUCGAUAUGCCGAAAAAACCGUGGAUCUCCGGUCAAAAGGAAGUGGCGCGCACCUCCGUUCUGUGUGGCCAAAUGGACCUCGGACCCCUGAUGCGCACCGACGGGCGGGCUGGCUUUCCGUCGCCGCCAUUCUGGAGCAACCCCUAUGGGCUGACCUAUAUGGAUGCAGCCGACUCCGCGGAAUUCGAAGAGGAUAUUUUCAUCAGCCACAAGCUGAAGCCCAUCGGCUACGAAAUGCUUAUGCGGGCCAAGCACAGGGCCCAUCUGGAGAGGAUGUACAACGAGGAGGUGGCUAAGCUUGUCCGGCUGGUGGAGACCACCAGGUGGCUUUGGGCACGCAACCGGAUCGGCCUUUCGCUGGGCAAAACGAUUUGGAGCGUCGAGCGCUCCGAGCUCGUGCCAUUCCGAUUUAACCAUCGCUACAUGAAUCCGCCGAAGCAGGGUGCCACUAGAACCCAUCCGCACGCCAAUGGAAACCCCUUUGUGAUGCCAUCGGCUGUUGUCUGCGUUCCCGGACUUUGGUUUCGAGGCCAGCCAAUGCAGCUGGGCUACUGGCAAGGCUGCUGGCAGCACUACUGGCCAUCCUACUGGCCGCAACACAGCCGGGGUCGCCCCACCCACAAUGAGAACUGGUGGGACAACGCCACCUACAUAAACGCCAUAGCCCAGAUGGAGAUGUUCCUGGUGAAUCUCUCGCCGGUGGAGAUCUACGCAGCCCAGAUGUACGCCCUCCACGGCGAGCCGUUCUUCGACUCGCCCAUGGGCAGGUGCUUCAGGGGAAGCCGGCAGACUCCUCCGCCCUUCGCCCAGUACCGCCAGGUCCCGCAGCCAUACAUCUAUCCAUCGGUCUACCCUCAGCCUUACGUCUAUCCAUCGGUUUACCAUCAGCCUUACGUCUAUCCAUCGGUUUACCAUCAGCCAUUCGCCUAUCCUUCUGCUGACCCACAGCUGGCCGGAAGACCUACUAGGGUCCAUCCUAAGCAGCCAAUGCCAAAACCUCGACCAGGACAGGAUGGAACUCGCCCAGGAGGAUCGGGUCAGGUAAAAGCUGGGGGAGCACUUAGGGCAAGUCCUGAAAACUAUGAAUUGGGUACCAAGCCGACGAGUGGGGAAAAUGAGUGCUCCACCGACAGUGGCUCCAGUGAAUAUGGGUGUCGUGGAAUCAAGUCUGCCAAAAAAUGUCCCCUCCACAUCCGGAGAUGAUCUCACUCUUAAUUUUUCAAACUUCCCACCGCUUCCAGCGCCUUCCAAAAAGGGCAGAAAAAUUUGAAUAACCCAAACUUGACUACAACAUAGAUAGUCAAAUAUAAUAACUUUAUAACAUUUAUAUUCUAUUGUUGUAUAAAAUAAUACAAUAUAUUUCUUUCGCAAGAAGUAAAGAUAUAACAACUGAAAAGUAGAAUAGAGCUGAUCUAAAUCUCUAAAGAUAUAAAAACUGAAAAGUAGAAUAAAACUGAUCUAAAUCUGAAUUUAGAUUCACACUUUCCAAAAAAUACCAAAUGAAACAAAUAAAUAUUUUUUUACCACAACCACGAUACCUCAUUUGUAGAAAUGGUUGUAUAAAUAUGUAAAGGGAUAAUUUCUUACAGUUGACCAAAUAAUUAU